AUGGCGAGCAACGGGAACGACAUCCAACAACCGCGUCCGCGGAAGGCAGUUAAUCCGCAGGUCGAGCGAGCAUACAAGCAAGAGUUGAAUGCGCCCUCACUCACCAUACCCGAGCGAACACCAGCAGGGACGCCAGCACCGCCCGACGAUGCACCGCCUUCAGUUAUAGCUACGAGCGCGGCUCGAAGAGAGCUGCGCAAGAAGACGAAGGGCAGGAUGUUUCCUACAGUCGAGUACCAGCAUCGAGUCUCCUACUUCGACCCGCGCAGCGACUAUUCGAAUUUUCGAGGCUUCUUCGUGCUGUUCUGGAUUGGCCUAGGAAUAAUGGCGACCACUUCUAUACUGCGGAAUCUGAAAGAGGCGGGAACGAUCUUGAGCUUCCGGCAGUGGCCAUUGUUUAUCGAGAACAUAUGGGAGUUGGCAAUCAGCGAUUUGCUCAUGGCAGCGAGCACGGGGGUUGACCUACCGUUGAACAAGCUGUACAAGAAUAGCAAGGGCUGGCUGAGAUGGGAGAAGGGAGGAAUGUUUGUGCAAUGCUUUGUGCAGGCGAUAUGGCUGUAUGUGUGGAUCGCAUGGCCGUUUGCAAGGGACUGGACUUGGACAGCGCAGGUCUUCUUCACUCUACAUACGCUGGCACUGUUCAUGAAGAUGCACAGUUAUGGCUUCUAUUGCGGCCACCUCGCCACAACACUCCAGCGGCUCAAGCAGCUUGACCUUCCCAUCAACCCCAAAACGCCAACCACAGCUGCGGUCCGCUACCCACGGACCUUUCCGUUCCCAGAGACAACACCCACAGACGGCACAGCCGACGAACACCAUCGCGAGGACAACUCCGACGACGACGAAAACAUCUCCCCUAUUAUUCAACUCCGCAACGACCUUGCCAAAGAGCUCACCUCCCCACUCGGCAACACCACCUACCCCCACAACCUCACCGUCUCCAACUUCCUCGACUACCUCCUCUGUCCAACCCUCUGCUACGAACUCGAAUACCCGCGCAACCCCAGCCGCAACUACCUCGAGCUCUUCUACAAAACCCUCGCCGUCUUCGGCUGUAUCUUCCUCAUGACAAUCACGUCAGAAGAAUUCAUCAUCCCGGUGCUGGACGAAUCACACCUACGCCUGCAAACCGCGCCUACUCUCAUCGACGCCGCGCUCAUCUUCGCCGAAACAGUCAGCUCGCUGCUCUUCCCGUUCAUGGUCACCUUCCUGCUCGUAUUCCUGGUGAUCUUCGAGUACGUCCUGGGAGCAUUUGCAGAGAUAACGCGCUUCGCCGACCGCCAAUUCUACUCCGACUGGUGGAACUCUCUCGACUGGCUGGAGUUCAGCCGCGAAUGGAAUAUUCCCGUGCACAACUUCUUCCGACGGCACGUCUACUCUGCUUCUAGAGGGGUCAAACUCAGCAGACCCGUAGCGACAGGCAUCACAUUCUUCAUCUCGGCCGUGGCGCACGAGCUGGUGAUGGGAUGUAUCACGCGGAAAUUCCGGGGUUACGGGUUCAUCUUGAUGAUGCUGCAGAUGCCGUUUGUGAUGGUGCAGCGGCUGCCGUGGGUGAGGAGGCGGACUUUGUUGAACAACGUGUUAUUCUGGAUCUGCAUGAUCAUGGGGUUGAGUUUGCUUUGUGCGUUGUAUGUGCUUGUGUAG